UUGGCCUCUGCCUUUGCCUCUGCCUUUGCCCUUUUGAUUUCUUAUCAUUAUUUUUUGAAGGGUUUUCAGCAUUUGUCCUAAAAGAAGAACAGAAGGGGGAGCGUUGCAGGGAUAACUUUUCUCCGCCCCUUGUCCUCCUCUACUCGGGUCUGUCCUGUUUUUCGAAUCUUCGUCUCUCUUCCAUCCAUUCCAUCCUUGCUUGCUCCUUCUCUUCGGAGGUUUAGUUUUGAUCUGCUCGGUUCCCAUUUUUAUUUUUGAGGAAAGUUGCUUACUGGUUACUGUUGAGCGGCCUAGAGAAGACUCCUCGCUUCCACUCUCUUUGAUAUUUUUGCCCUACCUGGCUUUGAUGAUUUCACCCUUUUUGUGCUCGAAGAGGAAGUGAACUUUGGUUUUAGGGAAGGCGAUUAUGUGUUGAUGAUGUGUGUGAUGAUGGUGAUGACUCUUUUGACUGGAGAAAGAGAUCCAGUAAAGCAAAAAGAGAAAGAAGAAAAGAUGUUACCAUUAGGGGCCAUUGUUGCUUGCGUUUGUCAGUGAAAGAAAACUUGGGGUUUAUCCUUCUUUCCCUCUUUUCUCUUCUUUUCUCUCUUUUCACGCAUCUCAUGAGCAGGGGAUGUGAUUUGUCUUAAGGACUGGUUGUUGUCUUAGGUGGUUGCAGAUUUUUUUAAGAAAGGGGUGGCGAGUAUUAGGGUUUCUGUUGUUGUUUAUUUAUAUACUUCUUCUUCUUCUUCUUCUUCUUUUUCCUUCCUUCUCUAAAAGGUCUGCAGUAAUGCCAAUGUUACAACUUCCUGCUUGGAUAAGGGAUGGGGAUGUGACGUUCGAGGUGGGUGGCGGUGUUCAUGUUCUAGAUCUGGACACCGCAGUCAAAGAUGGGAUUUUGGGUGGUGGAGUUGGGGUUUGUGGUGGUGGUGGUGGUGAGAAAUUGGAUUUGAAGAAGAUGAUUGAAGAGCUGGAUUUGUCUGACGUCCCUUCGGUCUUCAUCUGCCCCAUCUCUCUUGAGCCUAUGCAGGACCCUGUGACCCUUUGCACCGGUCAGACCUACGAGAGAUCCAACAUUCUCAAAUGGUUCUCCAUGGGACACUUCACCUGUCCCACCACGAUGCAAGAGCUUUGGGACGACUCCGUCACUCCCAACACGACACUUCACCACCUUAUCUAUAGCUGGUUCUCUCAGAAAUACUUGCUUAUGAAGAAGAGAUCAGAGGAUGUCCAGGGCCGGGCGUCGGAGCUCUUGGUGACUCUGAAGAAGGUGAAGGGUCAGGCCAGGGUUCAAGCCCUUAGGGAGCUCCAACAGGUUGUAUCUGCCCAUGCUUCCGCCAAGAAGACGGUGGUUGAUGAAGGUGGUGUCAACCUGAUCUCCUCUCUUCUUGGUCCUUUCACUUCCCACGCCGUUGGGUCUGAAGCCAUUGGAAUUCUGGUGAACUUGAACCUGGAUUCCGAAUCGAAGACGAAUCUGAUGCAACCGGCGAAGAUCUCCUUAAUGGUGGACAUGUUGAAUGAGGGUUCCACUGAGACCAAGAUAAAUUGUACCAGGCUGAUUGGGAUGUUGAUGGACGAUAAGGAUUUCCGUUCGGAAAUUGUCUCCAGCUUUAGCCUCUUGGUUGGAUUGUUGAGGUUGGUCAGGGACAAGAGAUAUCCAAAUGGGAUCUCAGCUGGGCUUAGUCUCCUCAGGACGAUAUGUUCGCAUAAACAAGUCAGGCACUUGAUAGUGAGUGUUGGGGCUGUUCCUCAAUUGGUUGAGCUAUUACCCGCAUUAAAUCCCGAUUGGCUGGAAUCAGCCCUUUCCAUCUUGGAUGCCCUAGCCACUCUACCAGAGGGAAAGUUGGCCUUGAAGGAUUGCCCAAAUACAAUCCCGAAUGUGGUGAAGCUUUUGAUGAGGGUUUCUGAGAAUUGUACACAGUAUUCAUUGUCAAUCUUGUGGACAGUCUGCAAGCUUGCACCUGAGGAAUGUGCUUCACUCGCUGUGGAGGCCGGUCUGGCGGCGAAGCUUCUACUGGUCAUCCAAAGUGGUUGCAAUCCUGCUCUGAAGCAACGUUCAGCAGAGCUCUUGAAGCUGUGUAGUCUAAAUUACACAGCCACCAUCUUUAUUUCCAAGUGCAAACUUACCAGGACGAUACAUUGAAGGAAAAAUCUUACUGGGUUACAUACAUUGGAUGGCCUCUGCUUUUGGGCGGUUAGAACCUGUCUGGUUCGGGCGGAAUGACAGCCCAGAAAGGAGACGAUACAAGCCGACCUUGACAGUGGUCGGUGGUCAAUGAUCAAGGAGGGGACUCCGAGCCUGAGGUACUUUAUUUUGGCUGUGCUCCCUGUGUAUAGUAGAGAUCCUGUAAAUUGUAAUUCUCCCAAGUUGAUAUCACCUAUGUGAAAGAAACAUCAUAAUGCGGUUUACGGGCCCAACUUGAUUUCUGUAGUGGAUUCUAAUCUACGACCCAAUAGAGCCAGUUGGUGGCUUCCACGCAAGUUUCUCUAAUAAGCCCCAGCAAGGUUCUGUUUCAAAUUGGGCAAUUUUUGAUCUUCCAGAGUCUUAUGGAUGUGUAGUUUGUAAAAAUCUCCCCUUUUAUAUGUAAUUGGGAAGGGGUUGAAUGGAUGUGAAAAUUGAGGAUGGGAGUGGAGGUUUAUUGAUGAAGCAAGAUAUUAGAUAUGGUGGGUGAGGGAAGUGGGUGGUUUCUUACAUCUUGUGCUCGCAAAGUUUGUACGUUUAACCCCUUCAUUUUACCUUAAAUUCUGUUUUUGAGUUCAGGGGACUCUGUUUCUUUGGGGUUCCGUGGAUGGGGGACGCUUGGUUUUCGCUUCCCGCAUUGUAGAGAUUGUUAGAGCUUUCGCCCUCAGAAUAUGGAUUCCAAGUGUACAAUGAAAUUUUCCUCAAUUCAUUUCUUCUAUUUUUCUCAAACAAUGAAAGAUCGUUCUUUUCAGCCUU